AUGCUGGCGAUCAGUCAAGGUACACAACGUCUGCGCCAAGCAUACGAGGAUCAUCCAGAUAUGGGCAAUACCAAAUUGGUCCGGCCUCAGGAAGCUGUUCUCGGUCGACGAUUGAAUUCGCUCGGGGAUCAAAUGAAACGAUUAGAGGUACGUCUUAUCCCAUAUUUUUUCUGCCAAAAAAUUGAUUCCUAUCAAUAA